AUGGGCUUCUUCGGUCGAAUACAUGGGCCAGAAUUCACAAGACUUUUUCUUGCAUGCACACCACCGGGCGGAUGGCCUAGAACAAUUGCCGUUGCGAACUCCGGAGGGCCGGACUCUUCCUGUUUGCUAUUCCUGCUGCAUGAACUCAUGCAAGCUACGGUCGGAGCAACGUCCCUUCCGAAGAAGGUGGUCUCGCUAACGGUCGAUCAUGGAUUGCAAGCCGAGUCUGCGUUAAUGGCAGAGCAAGCUGCUGGUGUGGCUUCUAAACUAGGUGUUGAGCACCAUACUGUAAAGAUUCCCUGGGGUGAGACUCCGUUUCCACCGAUACCAGCUGGAGACAACGCGUUCGAAUCUAUUGCACGGUUGGCCCGCUUUCGUGUGCUCUUCGAGGCAAUGAAGAAGACUGGGGCUCUGGUCCUAGCACUGGGACACCAUGCCGAUGAUCAAGUUGAAACGUCCUUAAUCAGAAUUGCGAAGGGGACGACGGAAAUGGGUGCUGGCGGGAUGAGGAAAUGUCGGAGGUGGGGAAUGGGAUUGGGGAAAGAAGGGGACCUCGGUUGGACUGGGUACGAAGGCAUGAGCCGCUGGAUGGUACGACCACUGCUUUCCGUCAGAAAGGAAAAAAUCCUAGCGACAUGUAAAGAGGCUGAAAUAUCUUAUGUACAAGAUAAGACCAACUUCCAACCGGAAAUAACCAUACGCAACGCCAUUCGACACAUAAUCAGCAAUGGUGAAGCGUUUUCCCAAACGCUACCAGAGCACAUACGGGAGGGGAUAGAGAACAUGCAAGCCCGUGCUGAAUCGUUAGAGGGGGCCUCCUUCGACCUCUCAGCUGGAUCAGAGCAACUAAGGGCUACAGUGCUUUCACUUGGCCGUCGCGUUGAUGAUAUUGACGAAGAAGUCAAUGCUCAUCUCAAAGCGAUUCGAGUCUCUGGUCCUCCUGGUACAUUUGUGAUGUCGCACCCAACUGCAGCCAAAAUUCAAAACGAGACAACCCGCGCGCGGAUAAUCCAGCGCAUAUUGCGCUACGUUUCCUUCCACCCGUGGGGCUCUCUGCGUGCGGAUGGCAACCGUCGCGGCAGCAGCCUUAGUCGAAUUGUCGCGAACGUCUGGGACCCGCAGCCGCAACGCCAGGCAAAUUUCAUCGCUGGAGGUGGGGUGAUGUGGAUCCCGGCGGUCUUCAAGCACAAUAAGUUGCAGUUCAUCGACUUUGGCAAGCAGGAAAAUGUAUCGGCCAGUGGGUCACUGGUGUGGGUGGCUACAAGGGCACCGCCGCUAGGGGCGAACAAGUUGAAAGCCAUGAACAUGGAUAACCCUUUGAACAUGGAUGUGACUUCUGCGCUACUGGCUGCUGUGGCCCAGUACAAACACAAUCCAAGUGCCCCAAAGACAGUCGAAUUCCUUUACGACUGUCGCUUCGUCGUCACAUUCGAUAUCAGCAAGAUUCCGAACAGCAUCCUCAGAUACCUGGAGGAGCUGGACGGCCGGUUAUUCAUCAUUACUCAGACCAGGUGGUAUUGGCCUCGGGUGGUUCUGAAACCAAGUGAAGGAGGUCAGGUAGUUUUGGAAUCGGAGAUGCCAAGAGUCGAAAUCGGAACCAUACAACAAUGGCGUUGGGAGGACCGCAGUGGGGUAGUCAAAUCGAAAUGGAUAGAAUCACGAUGGAUUCGGCCUCUCGACGCAAUAUAA